AGGUCGGAUCAGAAGUGGGGAAAGGAAACCUCUCGAAAGGAAAGGAAAAAAAAAAUAUAGUAGGGAAAGGGGACCAAAUCAUCCAAACCCUAGCGGACCUAAAUCUAAAUCGAGGAGAAGAGAAGAGGAAUGGAGAGCGGCGGCUCUCUAGCGGGCGCGUUGGUGACUCCUCCGCGCCGCCACGAAGAGCUUCCAGUCGACGAGAAGAGAAGAAGGACCGAGAGCGGCGCCGUCGCAUCCUCGACGGCUCCUCCACGGAGCAAGGUGGUCUACGGCCCCGACGGGUUUCCCGUGGACGGCGUAACACGUGCCGUCCUCCUCCACGACUGCAAGCAUAGCGAUGGAUCCAUCUACACGGUCGAUUACUGGAGUAAAGUCUAUUGUCUCGGUGAUACCAGAGAGACUUGUGUGGAGCCAAUGAUGAUGACAGACACAUGGACCUCUUGCUCUCCGGACUGGCGGGCUUGUGAAAGGCAUGAUAGUUGCACCAUGAUGCAGAUAUUCUCGCUGAAGCUACCUUACACUUCUGUUUCUCUCUGUGGCCCAGUUCAGUUGUAUGGAUACAUGGCUGUCCGGGAUCUCCUGAACCCUUUCCGAAAUUACGUCUUCAACCGCAGCAGGGACGAUCCUUUCACCGUGGAACAGGAGGAUGGGUUCAUACAGAUGUCUGGCCCCAAGAGAGGCAUCAGAAUGGAGGGCUAUGUGCUACUUGAGUAUGACAUGAAGAUCAAGAUGGGAGGUGAAGAAAGGGAUGAUUUACAGCUAAUCGAUGGUGUUGCCUACUUCAACAACCUAACCAUAAUGAAUGCUAGUGAGCACAAGCAACGGAUCGAUGGUGAUUGCGGUGCAGUGGACAUUACGCUCUCGCUCCUUCGCUGUGCGGUGGAGGCCACGGUGCAGGUCGGGAUAUCAGAUUUAGAGCAUGGCAGCGGCUUAAGCCUGCGUCUAACGGCAUCAUAUAUCAGCUCACGGUUUGCUUUGCGUGAAGGAAUCCGGCUGGCUGAUGGUGUUGUUGAUCCCGAGACAUGUGAGCUGAACAAGUAUGUGGUUGCUGUGCCAUGGAAGGUUAAAUUAGGUCUUAAGUUGCAGGUCAGUCAGAUUGGUGGCUCGGACCAUUCCGUUAUUGAUAAAUUCUUUCUCUGCUCCCCGCACAAGCAUGGACACCAGAACCUUGCUUUCAAGCUUGGCCUCGCCACCGUAAAGGUGAAGGUGACUUGGUCGACUCUGGACAUACCGCGCAGCCUUCUUGGACCAGACUGCUAUAUGUAUGACUUUGAGGCUGCUAGAGAUCUAGGCUUAUUAAACGUAUGAUUUUGAUUCUCUGCUAUAUGUAUGACUUUGAGGCUGCUCAGGAUCUCGGCUUAUUAAACGCAUGCUUUUGAUUCUCCCUGUGUCCUCUGAGACCAACUUCCUAUAUAGGUGUGAUCAGUAAGGAGGCUCCUGAGACUGUCGCCAAAAAUAAACUUGACAAGAAGCUUGUAAGUGUGAUCAGUAAGGAGGCUCCUGAGACUGUCGCCAAAAAUAAACUUGACAAGAAGCUUGUAAUAGCUCUUGUGCUUUGGUUUUAUGUAAAGAGUAUUUGUCGUGCACUUAA